CUUUAUAACACUGAUAGCAUUUGUACUUACAACUACCUACUUAGCAAGGCAUUAAACCAAUUAUUCUUUAAAAAUAAACAAAUUUGGUACCUACCUAACUACAUUGUUAUUUAGGUCACCUAUAAGUUAGGUAAAAUCACCUCGGUACGAAGAGAAUCUAAAAAAAUACCUACAAAGUGUAUUAAUUUACACAAUUUACCCUUACUGUGUAUCUAUUUGAUAACUAUAAAUAUCAAGAUUGUAUAAAAAUGCCAAUUUUAAAAUGUAGAAAAGGUGAAACAGACGAUGAAGAAAAUUCCAAAGAAAUUGAUCGGGAAAUUAAACAAUGGAUUAAAUCUUAUAACGAGGCGAUAAAACUGCUACUGCUUGGCACCGGCGAAAGCGGAAAGACGACCAUUAUAAAACAAAUGAAGAUCCUGCACGUCCAGGGAUUUUCAGCCAGAGACCGAGCCGAAAAAAUCCAGUACAUCCGUCAGAAUAUCCACGAGUCUAUCUACGACAUCACCAGCCACAUGCCCGCUCUGGGCUUGGAGCUGCAGAACUUCAGUAAUGAACCUUCGAGGCAGUACAUCAUGAGGUGUGGGCCUCAGGGACCUGCGGAGUUUGAUGAGGAAUAUUUCGACCAUGUCCUGAAGCUGUGGCGCGAUGGUGGAGUGAAGGAAUCCUUCAGGAGGAAUAAUGAAUACCAACUCAUUGACAGCGCUGAAUAUUUCCUGGACCGCGUGGAUCUGGUGGCCCGGCCCGACUACCUGCCGUCCGACGCUGACCUCCUGCGCUGCCGGCAGAAGACCACCGGGAUACAGAAGAUUGAGUUCAAAGUUAAGGUCCCGAAAUCCAUGCAAGGCGGAGUGCAAGACUUCUGGAUGUUCGACGUGGGAGGCCAGCGUGGGGAGCGGAAGAAGUGGAUCCAGGUGUUUGAGGGCAUCCACGCGAUCUGGUUCCUGGUGGCCUGUAGUGACUUCGACCAGAGACUCCGCGAGGAUCUCAGCCAGAAUCGACUGAAGGAAGCCUUGGAGCUGUUUGAGGAUGUGUGGCAGAGCAGAUUCCUCCUAGAAGCCGGCCUCAUAGUGUUCCUGAACAAGCAAGACCUGCUCGAGAACAAGAUCAAGCAAGGCAAGAGCAUAGCAACGUACUUCCCCGAGUACAAUGAGUACAAAGCCGCUGGAGACGAGUACACUCGUACUCGGCUGUUCAUAAGGAGUAUGUUUGCGGACGUGACAACCCGCAAACGCGAGCGCAAGAAGAUGUCAACCUCAGCCGAGAAGUUCAUAGUGCUAGAGGGGAACAAACCUCGUGAAUGCUUCUUCCACUUCACGACUGCGACUGAUACUGACAACGUGGCCGCCGUGUUCCGCGACGUGCACCAGAUUAUACUCAAGCAGAUCUUCAGUUCUAUGGGCAUCUUCUAGGAGCUUCAU